AUGGGCAACGAAGAAGACUCGACAAAGCUCAUUGGUCGCCACAAAUCGGUCAUAAUUGGUGGAGGGAUAGCCGGGGUGAAGGCCGGGGAAACGUUUGUCAGGAAAGGUUUCAACGAUUUUGUCAUUCUUGAAGCUUCAAACAAACUUGGCGGCCGAAUCUCUUCCGUUGUUGUAGAGCCAUCAAAAGUGAUUGUUGAGUUUGGAGCCAACUGGAUCCAUGGUGUGGACGCAAACCCGAUCUUUAAAAUCGCCAAGGAGAACAACCUCCUCACCUCUCACUACACCGGCAGAGGUCUGGGCAAGAAAAUUCUCUUCGCAAAAGAAAACGGCGACCCUGUACAUCCGAGAAUUGUCAGCGACGUCGAUUUUCUGUUCGGUCAGUUGAUGUCCGAGUGCGAAGAUUUCUACCGCGACCAGACGCCGACCCCGUACGAAGAUGACAGUGUCGGGGCCUACAUUGAAAGGGAGUUUGAGGAGAGGAUUUCUGGCUACCACGGUGAAGAUAGACAGUUACGCAAAAAUGUUCUGGCCCAGAGAUUGAUUGGCGAGUGCACGAUUACAGGCGCUGAUUCCAUGCGAGAGGUGGCAUUAAGCGAAGCCGGCUGUUUCGAAGACAUUCCCGGUGUCCACUUCGUAAUCCCGUCCGGGUUCGAAAUGAUCAUCAAGAUCCUGGCCAAGGAUAUCCCGAAACCGAACAUACAUCUCAAUAAAUUAGUGACGCAGAUUUCGUGGGAUAGAUCCGACGCUACUUAUCCCGUCAUGGUGCAAUGUUUGGACGGUAGCAAGUACAUGUGUGAGACCUGCCUGGUCACCGUACCUCUAGGCUAUUUAAAAAAACAUGCACCCAGGCUCUUCAAUCCCCAACUACCUUCCAACAAAUUGGGAGCAAUUGAGGGUAUCGGCAUGGGAGUUGUGAACAAACUGAUACUGGUGUACGACGGGCCGGUAUUUCCCAAUGAUAUUUUUAGACUGGAAAUGAUCUGGAAUAGAGAGGAACUGGCUGGUGAAGAUGAGCCAGAGUACCUCUCUCCUAAUCGAGAUCUCUCCAAAACCUGGUACAAAAAGAUACCAUUUGUUGAGGCCAUAGAUCAGAAUAUCUUAGUUUGCUGGAUAUCAGGAAAGGAGGCGGAGUAUCUGGAGACUCUAACCAAUGAAGAAGUUGCAAAUAAAUUAUCAUCUGUCAUUCAAGGUUUCCUUAGUAACAUCGUUAAGAAGAUGCCUAAGCUUGUUCAAUGCAUUAAAUCGAGUUGGAAGGCCAAUCCACUGAUAUUAGGAGCUUAUUGUCACAUCCCUGUCGGCACUUCGGCAGAAUCCAUUCUGACACUAGCCGAACCUGUAUACAACUCACGACAUAAACCUGUUUUAUUCUUUGCUGGGGAGGCAACCCACCCAACAUUUUAUUCAAGUUCUCACGGGGCCAUGAUGACAGGGGAGAAAGAGGCUGACAGAAUUCUCACGCACAUCAAUGACUUCACCCCUAAUCGCUAA